CAAUACUACAGCAACUAAUAUUUCAUAACUCGGCUGUUCAGAAUGGGAAUCUUAAAGAAAAUCUUCCGUGGGAACAAAAAGAAAACAAGGGAGUUCCAAGAUGGAGGCAGUAGGCCAAUCUCAGAUCCCUCCUUUCCUUCGCAGACUUCGUAUUCGCAAACACAAUCACAAGCAACGACCAGGGGUGGAGAAUGGAGAGGAACGAUGGUUGGGGACAGCACGAUCCCAAAUGGCAUGAAAAUCGUUGGUUCCGCAUCAACGUCCACCGCGAGUUCGUAUCCCAACAACAAUCUUAUGUUGAACACAAACAACAAUAAUAUCAACAACACUAGCAGUCAUCCACAGCAGCAACUGAUGGGUGGGUACCGUUCCCCACGGAGCACGGGGCCAGUCGAUACGGACGACGAAGGGAUUAUCGUACCCGAAAACGAGACGGAAGCCUUCUACGAUAACGCACGGAAUCAAACACAGGAGCAGUUGCGACUGGCUUACGAAAUGUCGAAAGCAAACAAAUCCAACAACAAUAGUGCAAAUAUAUCGAGCGAUUCAUCGAAUUCAUCCUUCGCUUUGACAUCCAAUCAACUCCAACAAUGGGAUCACCAACAACGGCAUUCCAGUACACACCAAUUCUCAUCCUCUCCAACCACCAACAAUAAUAACCCAAAACCAGUUUACACCAUGAGUUCAGACUUGCCAAGCAUGAAUCCGCAGCAACCCAGUGGCUUGGACGACACGAUGAGAUCGGUAUCCUCUGCGUCCUCCUUCAAUCUAUCGACUGAUGCCGAGGAUUCUGAAUACGAAAACCUCAAACGAACCUAUUAUCCUCCUGGCCAACUCACAAGCAAUCUUGGCAUCGGGUUGUCGGCCCUUACGGCUUUGGACACUUCUGCUAUUGACGCUGCCGGUUCAAUAGCUUCAUACACCACCGACGAGGACCGCAGCAAGAUCUUUCCCAAUUUGCCAACGGACGACGAUAUGACGCUGGGAACAGAUGCCUCUUCGAAGCGGAGUGAACCCCCUCCGAGCCUGCUCGACUUUCCGCAAAGUCGCCUCUAUGCCUCGACCAAUGUUGGCAGUUCGCCUUAUGGAGCACAAGUGACGGUUCCGAUGCAUGCCGCUCUCGCUAUAAACACCAAUCAACGCAACAGCGAAAACAAUACCAACACUAACAGCCGCAACAAACCCKGUGGAACGCCUCGUGACUUUACGAGUCCGAGAUCACCGAAAGCUUCCAAAUUGGAGCACAAAUUGGAGAAGAACCAUUCCUCUUCUCCAAAGAAAAACAUGAGCAGAAACAGAAACAACGAUAGCAGUGGCGACGAUGGCUUUGGAAACAUCUCAACAAACCGCAGUCACGAAAGCAACGGCAGUGGUAAUCAUCGACAGAAUAAAAGUCCUACGGCUGCUGCCAUAAGUCAUUCUUCAGUUGAGGAUUCCGGCUUUGCAGAUUUUGGAAACUUCGCCGACUUCGCCGACUUUCCUCGCGGUGAAGGUGUAGAUGACAGCGGCUGGACAACGGUUAAGGAGGAAAAGAAGGAUUCUUGGGAUGAUACUGACGGCUUUCAGAAACAAGCAUCCUUCAGUCCUACAAAUAGUGAAAAGAACAACCAAAACAAGAAUCAUACAAGUUUUUCUGGUGACAAUGCCUGGAAUGUAAGCGUCUCAUCUCCAGUGGGGCAAUCUCCUUCAAAAUUGAACAGCAGCAACGAACAAUUUAGCAGGAAUCGCGACACUGACCCCUUUCGCAAUUCUUCGGCGAUUGGAGGUAGCAGCUAUGUCUCGGCGGGCUCCUCUUCCACAGGACUUCCUGCAGAAAAUAGAUCACUCACGGAGCUCUUGGAAGCUGCCAAGAGCAAGCGAAAGGACAGCCGUCGUAGUUAUGGAAAUAGCGCCACCCGCCUCACACAGCACAAUCAAUCAACGAGCAGUCGAAUGUCGUCUGCCUCAGUGAAUUCGGCACCCGCCAUUACGGCUUCCUACCUCCGACAGCACCACAACCUAGGCGGAAACAACGUAGCUGGCGACGACCCUUUGUCGCCUCGGGACGGUACCUCAGUUUCGGACAUUAUUCAGAGCUUGGAAGACACCGAUCGAAUGAAGCGAGCUGAACAAAUAACGUCCUCCCACCGUUCUAUGGGAGACGCGGGCGUUGUGGCUACAGCCCGAGCCGCCAAGGAGCGACUUCGGGAACGCCGGCGUCGGGAACGAGAAUCAGCCGGCAUCUAUACAACUGCAGGUCGCUCUGCUAAUUCCCUUCGGCACUCAUCUUCUCGGGAUCAUGGUUCCGAUUCCGAUGAAUCGGAGAACGGAAACGAAGCUUCUGAGUCCUGGUUGUUCGAUCAGGUUACCGGAGCUAUGGGUCCAGUAGGCAUUGCAGCCGAUCUAGAAUCACUAAGCGGUCGAUCGAACCGGUCAAAGAACUCCCACGGGGGAAAAUCACACAAGUCGUCGGGUACAUCGAACCGCCGUCGAUCUUCUCGAAAGACAAGCAGCACGCGUCGGCACCGGUCUGAUCGAAGUGUCGACAGCCACGGCAGUCGGACCAGUCGGUAUUCCCAUCGCUCCACGAAGUCCUUUUUGUCGCAAAUGUCAGAGCAGAGUCGGAGUGUUGCAAACGAUUUGCUCCGUCUAGAGAUGCAGUUGGCCAUGGUAGGGAACAACAAUGUGAACGGCGGUGGAAAAGAGGCAACCAUGCGUGAAAUCGAUAGCUUGCCGGUGGUCCAAUCGGCUCGCACUGGAAUGUCCAGCAGCGCCAGCUUGGGUGGAACCUCGAGGGCAUCGGGUCGUAGCCGAAGAUCAGUUACUUCAAGUCACCACAACUCAUCGUCUUCCAGUUCAGUCCUUCGCCGGACCAAGACCACAAUUGUCGCUCCUCCCGGGAAGCUCGGAAUCAUUCUGGCAAACAAGGCAGAUUCAAAGGGAACAGUUGUUUCGGGCGUGAGAACGUCUUCCGUGCUAGUGCACAAAAUUUCUCCUGGGGAUCGAAUUGUUGCCAUCGACGGAGAGGACGUCAGUCGCAUGACCGUCAGCGAGAUUACCACCAUUAUGUCCCGAAAGGCCGAAUACGAACGAAGGCUUACGGUAAUGACCAUUCCCCGAAUUGGGUCUCCAAGCAAUGGGAACACCAACAGUGGCUAUGCAGACCAGCAAAAGAUGCGAUCACCGAAUAGGGUUCGAUCUUCUCCGAGGGUGGCAUCCAUCAGUGACAGCAAAUUUGAUUCCGCCGGCAGUGGAAGCAACUAUCACAGUGUGCGAUAACUGCAACCGACACGAACGGCUAGAAAUGAGUCGGCGAACCUACUGUGUCGCCAGAAACAGCGAGUUCGUAAUGGAGACCCUUCACUACGUACCUGACGCGCACGAUAGUGUGUUCGGGUACCAAAGCAAACAUAACUCAUACAAGAAGAAAAUAUUGGUUUAAAGAUACCGUAAUAACGAGACGUGUGAUACACACAAAGUUUUUCUCUAGUGCGUCCACUAUUCGAUAAAGCAACAAAUCCAGAUAUUUUGAUUUCAACGACGAUCUACGUUGCUAUUACUAUUCCGUAUACAUAAGUGAAAAUGUAUGUGGGAUCUAGAAACGAUUUUUUCAGAUAUGCGUUUGACUGGGAAGCAGAUGCAGAAUUUCUCGAACGUGCAUUUUGUGCGGCAUAAUGAAUCCAAAAAUCUACA